CAACAAGAUGAAAGAAGAGGAGGAGGAAGAAGAAGAAGGAACAGUCGCAGGGUGAUGAGGCGCAUGCUGGAAAAUGGAGAAAACACACAUGUCAGCUUUCGCCUUGUAUCAGUCCUUAUCAACAGACUUACCACCUGCAAAGACGGCCUCCCUGCAGGUGGUGGAGAAGAAGAAAAAGAGAAAGAGAAAGGAGAAUGGGGUCAGUAAGGUCAACACAGUUAAAGCUCAGUUAAAGCCUGAGAGGAAGAAAAUGCGUAAGAAGUCUGCACAGAGAGAGGAGAGCCUUAAGGGAGCUGCAGAAAUGCAGGUGGAGGAGUGUGUGAACGGAGACAGCGAGGAUCUGGAUGCUUUGCUGGCCGACCUGGCAAAAGUCAACAACAGCAGGGAGAGAGCGAGUCAGCUGUUCCAGUGGCUCAUCAACCCGAUCCCUGCCAAGACCUUCUUCAGGGACACCUGGGAAAAGAAACCAAUUCUUGUUCAACGCAAGAACCCAGAUUACUACAAGGGGCUGUUCUCCACAGCGGAGUUCGAUCGCAUAUUAAGACAGGAGGAUGUUCAGUACGGAGUGAACCUGGACGUCACGAGCUACACUAACGGCACGAGGGAGACGCACAAUCCUCCAGGGAGAGCUCUGCCGUUCACUGUGUGGAACUUCUACGAGAGCGGCUGCUCCCUCCGCAUGCUGAACCCCCAGGCUUUCUCCUCCACCGUGUGGAACGCGCUGUCCAUCCUUCAAGAGCAGUUUGGCAGCAUGGCAGGAGCCAACGUAUACCUGACACCACCUGGAACUCAAGGCUUCGCUCCACAUUAUGACGACAUUGAGGCGUUUAUCGUCCAGCUGGAGGGGAAGAAACACUGGAGAGUUUACAACCCAAGGACGGAAGACGAAGUCUUGCCUGUGCUUUCAAGUCCAAACUUCGAUCAGUCAGACAUCGGGAAGCCGAUCCUGGAAGUGGUGUUAGAAGCCGGUGAUCUCCUCUACUUCCCCCGAGGAUUCAUCCACCAGGGCGAAUGCCUCCCAGAUGCUCACUCCCUUCACAUCACCAUCUCCUCUUACCAGAAGAACAGCUGGGGGGACCUGAUGCAGAAGAUGGUUCCCGCAGCACUGGAGAUCGCAAUGGAGGAGGAUUUGGAGUUCAGACAGGGCUUACCACUCGACUACCUGACAUACAUGGGAGUGCAGAACUCUGACAAGGAUGACACACGCAGGAAGAAAUUCUUCUCGCGCAUCGAGAGCCUGAUGAAGAAGCUGACGAGUUACGCCCCAGUCGACGCUGCCGUGGAUCAGAAAGCCAGGGACUACCUCCAUGACUGCCUUCCUCCCAUGCUCAGUCCAGAGGAAUCAGCCAGCAGUGUGAAAGGAGCACCUGUUAGGUGGGAGCGUGGGCAGGUUAUCGGCGUAGGCGCACACAUCACUACCCAGACCAAAGUGAGAGUUCUGCGUGCUGGAUGUGCAAGGUUAUGCAGUGACGGAGAAGCUGUUCAUCUUUACUACACAACAGACAACUCCAGAGUUUACCACAAAGAGGAGCCCAAGAGUUUUGAAAUAAACGCAGAGCAUACAGAUGCCAUCGAGUUUCUGAUCCAUUCAUAUCCCAAAUUUGUGACAGUAGGAAGUUUCCCCUGUGAUUCUGCAGAGGACAAGGUCGCUCUGGCUGAGCUGCUCUUUGAGAGGGGGAUUAUCCACACUGCAGAACCUCUGUAGCGGCUACACACUCUUCAGUCAUGCUGACUGCACAAACAGAUUCCAAUUGUUUGUACAAAAACUCGCAUCUUGAAAUACAAAAACACUUUUUGUCUCAAGUAGUCUCCAUUGGCUUUUUCCCAGAACGGUCACACUGAACAAACCAGUUAUGAAUUUUCUCUCUGUUCAGCAUCAAAUAAAGCUGUUUUCUUU